GGAGGAUUGGGUUUGGAUCACGAAUUGGGAAUUUCUCCUUAAAUGAACUCCAAAACGCAACUGAAGCAACAUCGCGCCCUAUGCGAGGAUUUGCCACGCUUUCUCCGCCACAAUUUCUGAAGUUCUAUACAACCCAUUAAUGGGCCAUCGACCCACUUGGUUUUCGAACAGGGGCACUCUUUUGUUUCCUUCCAAGCCGUCGUCCAUAGUCACGCGUGUGUAGAGUAUCAUCAAAGGGUUGGUAAGCACUAAAAUGAGAGGUCCAUUUUCAGAUAGGAGCUAGGAAUCCACCAUGUUCCCUCGCUUUGAUUUCAGCGAUGUUCAACAGAAGCUCUCCACGCAGUUCAGACCUUGGGAGCGUUCUUUCCAAUUCUGGGUCCGUGUUGCAGACAUCUACACUGGCUACAAGGUGCUUCAGCUACGAGUGAAAUUCGAGAAGGAUGUGCAGAAACAGGAGGCAAUGUGGGAGAAUCAACAUGAACAUGCAGCCGAGAAGAUUUAUGCUAUGUGCUCUGAUAUGGGUGGUUUCUUCCUUAAGGUUGCUCAAGUUAUUGGGAAGCCGGAUUUGGCCCCAGCUGCUUGGGUGAAGAGGCUUGUUACACUUUGUGAUCAUGCUCCAGCAACACCUUUUGAUGUUGUUCAACAUGUUGUGGAGAAAGAAUUGCAUAGAAGUCUCGGUGAAGUCUUCGAAACAUUCGACCCUGAACCUCUUGGUUCGGCUUCAAUUGCUCAGGUUCAUAGAGCUAGGCUAAGGGGUGACAAGAAUGAUGUUGUGGUCAAGGUGCAACAUCCGGGAACCGAAGAUCUAAUGAUGACCGAUAUUCGUAAUUUGCAAGCCUUUGCCUUGUACAUGCAAAAGACAGAUAUCAAGUUUGAUCUAUAUUCUGUAACUAAGGAAAUAGAGAAACAGAUUGGUUAUGAAUUUGACUUCGAGAGGGAGGCCAAUGCUAUCGAAAGAAUCCGUCAUUUCCUGUGUAGCAACAACAAAAAGAGUCCGGUAUUGGUGCCACGAGUGAUUAAGAACAUUGUUACCAGGAGGGUGUUGGUGAUGGAAUAUAUUGAUGGAAUCCCGAUCCUCAAUCUCGGCGAUGAAAUAGCAAAGAGAGGCAUAGAUGCUAAUGGCAGGAUAGCUUUAGCUUCAAAGCAGAAAAUUCUUAGUAGUUUGACACUGGCAUAUGGACAAAUGAUUCUGAAGAGUGGUUUCUUCCAUGCAGAUCCUCAUCCAGGAAAUAUAUUGAUCUGUAAAGGCUCAGAGGUAGCGUUGCUUGAUUACGGGCAAGUGAAAGAUCUUCCUGACCAGUUGAGGCUCGGUUAUGCUAAACUUGUUCUCGAUAUUGCUGACGGUGAUGCCACAGGAACAGCUGAAACCUUCAGGGAGCUUGGGAUAGAUACCGUAAGCAAUUGUGAAAAUGUACAAGAAGAACUGUUUAAGUUGGCUCUGGUAAUGUUCGAUACUAGGCUACCCCCCGGAAAGGUGUUGAUGCAACCAUUUGCAGAGGACUCUUCAAUAAAGAAAGUCGGUGUAAAGUCGUUUCCCGAGGAACUCUUUUCCAUACUUCGAACAAUCCAAAUCCUUAGAGGAUUAAGUGUCGGUCUCGGGAUCAAUUACUCGUGCGCUGAACAAUGGCGACCCAUUGCAGAAGAAGCAUUGUUGCUUUCUGGUAGGCUAGAAGGUAGGAAGAUGAAUACGACCCGUAAACGUGGAUUCUUAAAGAGAUUGUUUUCGAGAUCUAGCUGAUUCGUUCUUGACGAGAUGAGCGAUAUGAACAAAUCUGGAUGCGUCUAAUUGGUGAGAGAUGCUGACAGUUUUUUAUCCGCUUAUGGAAAUAAAUACUCAAAUUCAUCGUCGUGGUCGUCAUUCUUUAACCGGUACGAGCUCCUCCAUAAUAGGCUUUUCCGAGCUGCAGCAUCUGUUUGGUGUUAGUAGGACAAUGGCUUGAACUCCUUGUUUAUGAAAUUGAGAGGUACACAUUCAAUUUAUCAUAUGAAGCUGUUUUGUCUGAUUACUUCAAGUUGAGCUCAAUUGUGUUAGCUGUUGCUCUUAAUUCAGUGUUCCAUGGCAACUCAUGGUCAUGAUCUUGCCUCUUGUCUAGAUUAGACUGAUACAUCUAUAAUUAAGACUCCAUUACUUUCUUAA